AUGGUCCUAAAAAGAACGCUAAAAAAGGUAAUCACAGGAGUGGUGGCACUGGCCUAUCUGCAGCAGGCCAUAGCAGUGGUAGACAGAGAUAUAAUAAGGAUAAAAUGCUACUGGCAAAAUAGGAUGGUUUCCAUGAAGAAAGAAACUCAAACCCGCGCUGACUUUCUAAACAGGGCAAAGGCUUUCGAGUGCAGAGAAAUACCAUCAGAAAAACUUGAUGGAUAUCUGAAGGAGGGAGAAAGCAGUCUGCUCAGCAUACAGACACAGCUCGCAGCCUUUAAAGAAAGCACGAUAAGUAUGAUAGAAAAAACAGAAGAGCUGCAUCUCUUAAAUAUCCGUAGCGAUUUUAACCUGGAAAUAAGCGAUCUCUAUGAUAGCAUAAAGGAGCUACUUCCAUCCGCUCUUGAGAAAGAUGCUCUUUUGAAAGAUGGCCUAAAAAGGUUUGACUCGUGCAUGCUGAGAAUGAUAAGAGAAUACAGUGAAAAUAAGCACGCUGUUGCCAAGAUACAUGAAAUGAGGCUGUUUAGGCUGGCACAAAGGAAUAAGUCUUUGGCGCUGCAUAUCCUCUACUCCUUCUUUAGAGUACAGCCAUGUAUAUCAAAUAGCGAAGUAGACGAUGCCGUAAAGUACAUGACUACAGGACUUGACAGCAAUAUUUUUCGCCAAAACUAUAUAGAUUAUAUACUUGCUAUAACGAAGUGUCCCACAGCUUGUAAAAAAAAUAUAUUGCUGUUGGGUGAAACGCAUCUUGAAAUACUGUUCAGAGGCUGCGGGAUCACUCCAGAAACACUGGACAUGUACAUCGGUCUGUCAAAAAAAGACUUUUCCGAAGCUGAUUUAAAACACUGCAUGCACAUCACGCCUGGAGAAGUCAUACAAACAAUAAUGCUGGAGUACAUGCUGAACAAAGACCUCUUAGACUACCAAAGAAACAAUCUGUUUUCCAAUCUUGGAAAGAUAAUAGCCAGGAUAGGAAAGCCAGCCAAUGGCAGCACAGAUAUUCAAAAGGAUUUAAAAAUUGCAAGAGAAAAACAAGACAAGAUACUCGAUGCUCUGCACCUUCUGUGGAACGACGCUACAACAGCAUAUAUAAUUGCUGUAUGGAUAGACCCCGAUACAACAAAAAUAACUGCACGGAUAAAAAACAUUGAAUUCUUCUGCUCGAAAUAUGGCAUAAGCUACAAGAGAUUCAAAGACAUGCAAGAGCAAUUUACAUUUGCCAGCUGGAUGUAUAAAUCAGGUGUCCAAAAACCAAACAAACACGUUAAACAGUAUACGCUACUCAAGGGAAUGCAUCUUGACAUGUCCUACAUCCACCCCAUGCUCUACAUCUACCAGCGGUGUGAGGAUAUGAGCCAUCCAGCCAACACAGAAAUAAAGCACAAUGAAGAAUUCUUUUUGAGCAGAUACACAAAAGAUAUUUCUGCGCUCAACAUAUACAAAAUUAGUAGAACAAAGGAUGAUUCAGAAAAGAUAGAGAACAUUAAAGAUUGCAUCAGAGCGUGGUUCUUGCAGAGAAAUAGUAUCAUCAUCGUGGGAGAAGACAGCGAAGAAUCUCGCAGCAUGGCAAAAGAGUUUAAAAUCCAUUUGAGCAAAUCUCUAUUCAUAGAAAAAGUGCUUAUAGACAGCAAAGCUGAAGGUAGAAAUGAAACUAGAGCGUGUGCAAGCAACCCACUGCAAGAUAACCAAAUGGAAGUCGAAUAA